UAACCAAGAAGCUGGCCAGAUGAAGUCUAUGGCGCCUAAGUCUCGAGGUUAAGAAGAUGACGCCAGCUGGUCUGCUGAUAUUCAGCUCGUUGCUUACACGAACACUAUGUGUCAUAGCACCUCAAGUAAACGACUUCAAACCCGGUGACAAUAAGAUUAUAACCGGUCCAUUUUGGCACGAGGUCUUCACGGAAUCAUACGAGUAUCCAGAGGAAGACAUAUCCACUACCACAUCAGAGCCCCUGCCCUUCUUCGAAGAUGAUGCUUCAACAAACAAUGUUACCGCCCAGCUCGGUAGCCGCGUCCACUUGCACUGCAGAGUUCACGAUCUUGGUGAAAAAACUAUUUCCUGGGUCCGAAGGAAAGGCGAAGAACUACAUCUCCUGUCCGUUGGAAGACACACAUAUUCAGCCGACUCACGCUACUCCCUUGCAUUUGAACAUCCUAAUGACUGGCGCCUGCUCAUUCAGUACGUGAGUGAAAGGGACGAAGGAUACUAUGAAUGCCAGAUUUCAACACAUCCACCACUUGUUAGAAGAGUGCAUUUGAGUGUUGUUGUUCCGAAAGUGGAAAUAAUCGAUGAACGCGGCCAACCGCUGCAGGACAAGUUUUACAAAGAAGGUUCAAUAAUAGAACUCAGGUGUAUUGUCAGUGAGGUACCUCAGCCCGCUAAGCAAGUCAACUGGAAGCAUGGGGGCCGCUUGCUGAACUACGACACAAAAAGAGGUGGUGUCAGUGUAAAAACGGAGGCGACAUCUAACGGCGCAUUAUCAAGACUGUAUAUAGCCAAUGCGAAUAGAAAUGACUCUGGUAACUACACGUGCGCUUUAGCCGAUGUCACCGCUUCUGCUGUAGCGGUUCAUGUGCUAAGAGGCGAAAAUCCUCUGGCGAUGCAAAGAGGGAACUCCUCAGGAGUACAUCCAUCAAUGGUUCUCAUCCUAGCGUUAAUCAGCUGACACAUAUGGAGCGCGUAAUGAACGCGCAAGUUUUAUUGUAAAUAUUGUACCGUUGUGAUAUAAGUAUUUGUAAUGUUUGAAUUGUAUCUUAUAUUUAAUAAGGCGAUAGUUUAAAAUCAUAUAUAACACUAUGAUCAGAUAUGUAUCCAUACCAUUGUCAUACUACGUUAAAUAAGAAAUAAUUUUUGAAUUAACGAUUAUCAUAUGGAAUUCGUAUCGAGAUUUUAUCUUGCGUAAAGUUGAUUACUAUAUAUUUAAACAUAAGAAUCUAUAUAUAUAUAAUGAAAAUGGUCUUCGUUUGAGGCUCAAUCACGCCUAAACCACUGAUCG